AUGUCUACUCCAUUUGGUGUUGAUCUAGGAAAUCACAGCGCAGUUGUCGCUGUUGCGAAGAACAGAGGUAUCGAUGUUGUUGUGAAUGAAGUUUCCAACAGAAGCACCCCCGUUAUUGUUGGGUUCGGUACGAAAAACAGAUCCAUUGGUGAGACAGGAAAGACACAGCAGACAUCCAACUUGAAGAACACAGUCGACAAUCUGAAACGAAUUCUUGCUUUGAACGCUGAUUCGCCUGAUUUCGAAGUCGAAAAGAAGUACUUCACCUGUCCAUUGGUCGACAAAGACGGAUAUGCUGCGGCACAAGUGAGAUAUCUCGGAAAGCAAGAGGAGUUCACAUCUGUUCAAUUGGUUGCCAUGUACCUGAACAAACUGAAGGACAUUGCUACCAAGGAGACGAAGGGCAACAUCACCGAUAUCUGUUUGGCUGUUCCUGUCUGGUACACUGAGCAACAAAGAAGAGCAGCAGCUGAUGCUUGUCACAUUGCGGGCCUGAACCCAGUGAGAGUCGUCAACGAGGUCACUGCCGCUGCUGUUGGAUACGGUGUGUUUAAGACCGAUUUGCCAGAGGACGAGCCAAAGAAGGUUGCCUUCGUCGACAUUGGCCACUCCUCUUACACGGUUUCCAUUGGUGCCGUGAAAAAGGGAGAGCUCAGGAUUCUGGGCUCUGCUUACGACAAGCAUUUUGGAGGCAGAGAUUUCGACAAGGCAAUUGCAGAGCAUUUCGCUGACGAGUUCAAAGAAAAAUACAAGAUCGAUAUCAGAACCAACCCUAAGGGAUACAAUAGAGUCCUGGUCGCUGCUGAGAAACUAAAGAAGGUGUUGUCCGCCAACUCGCAAGCUCCAUUCAACAUCGAGUCUGUCAUGAACGAUGUCGAUGUUUCUUCUCAGCUGACCAGAGAGGAGCUCGAGGAGAUGGUCAAGCCAUUGCUUGAGAGAAUCCACGUGCCAAUUGAGAAAGCUCUGGAGGUUGCCGGUCUGAAGGCCGAGGACCUGGACUCUGUCGAGGUCAUUGGUGGAUGUACCAGAGUUCCAUCUGUGAAAGCCAGACUUGCCGAGGUGUUUGGCAAGCCACUGUCGUUCACUUUGAACCAGGACGAGGCCAUUGCCAAGGGUGCCGCCUUUAUCUGUGCUAUGCACUCGCCAACCUUGAGAGUUAGACCGUUCAAAUUUGAGGAUAUCAACAGUUUCUCUGUCACGUAUUACUGGGACAAGGACGCUGAGGACACCGACCACCUGGAGGUGUUCCCAAAGGGAGGCGUUUUUCCAUCCACCAAGCUGAUCACCUUGUACAGAACCUCUGACUUCGAGAUUGAGGCCAAGUACACUCAUCCAGAGCAGCUGCCAAAGGGAACUCGCCCAGAGAUCGCCAAAUGGAAGAUUUCUGGCGUCGAGGUUCCUGAGGGACAGGACUCUGCCAUUUGCAAGCUGAAGGUCAGAAACGACCCAUCCGGCUUCUUCACCAUCGAGUCUGCUUACAUCGUUGAGGAGAAGGAGGUCAAGGAGCUUGUUGAGAACCCAGAAGCCAAGCCAGAGGACGAGCCAGAGUACAAGAUUGUCAAGAAGCUUGUCAAGACCAAGGAUCUGAACAUCGACUACGAAGGAUUGGCCCUGCCAAAGGACGUCCUGGCCGAAUUCUUCGAGCAAGAAGGAAAGAUGGUUGCCGAGGACAAGCUUGUUGCAGAGACCGAGGACAGAAAGAACGCUUUAGAGGAGUACAUCUACGAGUUGAGAGGUAAGCUUGAGGACCAAUACGCAGAGUUUGCCUCUCCUGAGGAGAAGGAGAAGCUGUCGAAGAUGUUGAUGGACACAGAAGAGUGGCUCUACGACGAGGGCGACGACUCUACCAAGGCCAAGUACAUUGCCAAGUACGAGGAGUUGGCCUCUAUUGGCAACUUGAUCAAGGGCAGAUAUAACGCCAAGCAAGAGGAGUUGAGACAAGAGUUGAGAGCCAAGCAGGAGGCUGCGCAAGCCGCUGCUAUGGCCGAGAAGCUUGCUGCUGAGAGAGAAGCUCAAAAGGCUGCUGGUGACGAGAAGAAGACCGAGGAAGAGCGCCAGGAUAAAGACGGAGACGUUAACAUGGCUGAGGAUCUAGACUAA